AAUCUUUAUAUUUAAAAAUAAUAGGAAGUGCUAAAAUUGAUCAUUAGGUUAGAAGUGGUUUUCCUGAAAGUGUUACAUCAUCAUGGUGUUUAAUUAAUUUUUAUUUGUUUAAUUACUACUAUUUCUAAACUAAAGUUAGGUUAGGACUUGGUAUGCCUGAAGUUCAUUUUAUCACCAACUUAUAAACUACAUUAACACUUCAUUUUAGAACCUACAAAUAUAAUGGUUUUACAACAGUGGUUUGUCAUAAAGGGUAAUGAAAUAAGAAGUGUGUGCCAACAAGCAAGUAAUACUUGUUCAUCAUUAAUGAUGAAUGAUGUUAGAGUAAUGAAGGCUGCAUUUCUAUUUGUAUUCAUUUUAGGCAUAGUUUGUUCAGUGUUUUUAACUCUGUUCUUAGACCAUUAUAGGACUUCAAAGAGGUCUAUAGAAGAUAAUAAGGUUAAAGUUUUCCUUCCUUACCCCUCAGAAAACCAUAUGGUAGGCCUAAACCACCCAGAUAAUCCGACCGAGACUCUUGAAUUAUCAGUGAGAAAAGCUGAUGUGGAGCCUUCAGCAUCGACCACAGAGGCAUUAAGCUCACUUCAAGUUGCCUUGGAAUUGAGAAGUUUGGGAAAGAUUGAUAAAGCAAUGAAACUGUUGGAACAUGCUUUAGCCCUUGCUCCUAACCAUCCAGAUAUUCUCAAUCACUAUGGAGAAAUGGUAGAAGAAGUGAACAAGGAUAUCAUCAAGGCUGACCAGAUGUAUUUUCAGGCCCUGAUGCAGUUCCCGGAACACAGGGUGGCACGUGCCAACCGCCAGCGAGUCAAGCGAGCCGUAGAAGAGCUGGAUGGUGCGGCGCUGCGCCGGAUUGACAACAAACGAGACACUGUAGCUUCAAUUCCAGACUCCAACCCAGCACUUCGUCGUGCCAAACGGGAAGCAUAUUUCCAGCAUAUUUACCACACUGUUGGAAUCGAAGGGAACACAAUGACUCUCUCACAGACUCGGUCAAUCGUGGAAACUAGAAUGGCUGUUGGGGGCAAAAGUAUCAUGGAACAUAAUGAGAUUUUGGGGCUCGACGCUGCCAUGAAGUAUAUCAACUCCACGUUGAUCAACAAGAUUGGCAGUAUCACUGUUGAAGACAUUUUGGAAAUUCACAAAAGAGUAUUAGGUUUUGUGGAUCCAGAAGAAAGUGGCAUGUUUCGCCGCACACAGGUUUAUGUCGGAGGUCACAUUCCCCCGCGGCCCCGACACAUUCCCCCGCUCAUGGAACAGUUUGUAGAAUGGCUCAACUCAGAUGCAGCAUUGCGUCUACACCCUGUACAGUACGCCGCACUGGCCCACUACAAGAUGGUACACAUUCACCCGUUCAACGACGGCAACGGUCGCACCUCUCGCCUGCUGAUGAACCUUAUUCUGAUGCAGGCGGGCUUCCCUCCAGUUAUUGUACUCAAGCAGAACCGUCAUAGGUAUUACAAGAUGCUGGAACUAGCCAAUGGAGGAGACGUGAGACCAUUUAUUCGUUUCAUCGCAGAAAGCACGGAACAGACUCUCGACUUGUUCCUUUGGGCCACGGAAGAAUAUUCUUCUGACAUUCCUGCUAUUGAAUCUUCAGCAAAAACCAUUAUUGUCGAAGAGUAAAGUAUUGUGAUAAGCCUAGUAAGUAUUAUUCUUAAAAAUAUUGUUUUGUUCAUUAAAAGUUUAUUUUUCUUUGUUAGCAAGUGUUUAGUUUAUUUUUUCUGAAAACAGCUUUCCAAAUCAACGUGUAGUUGAAUUUUGAGAAUAAGUUAAUUAGGAAAGAAUGUUUUAUUACUUUCUCUCUUCAGUUAUGUUUUACAAUAAACAUGAACCUCUAAGGACAAUUUGCAAUUGACAAGUAUUUGUAAUUUGUUUUCUUCAUAUGCAAUUUAUAAGGAUGUAAAUUAUUUGUGGCUCAGUUACUUAUACUCUGCUAGAGAAUGUUCCUUUCUUUUGACAUUUUGUAUAGCUCAAGACUACCUGGUCUUUGAAUGAAACAGGCCUGUGCAUGCAGGGAUAUUUUGGCUAAAAGGCUCAUGUGUUUAUUGAGUAUGUUUUCCUUGUGUUAAACUUAUCAUGUUAAACAUACUAGGUUAAAUGUAGUCAAAUUGUUAUUACAUUAGUUCAUUUUGAAAAAGGUGCUUGAACAGUAGUUUUCUACUAACAUAAACUUAAUUGAAUGGAAUUAAACUGGUCUGUUUCGCCAUAGACAAAUAGAAUAAAUAUAGACUAUCAGCAGUGCUGCGGUUAGCAUAUGU